AUGGACUUCACAGGCAGUGGCGUUCCUGUAGCCAGGGCCAGGGUGCAACUGGCUGCAGGACGCGUUCCCGCCAGCGUUCGCAAGCUUGACGCCUCAUCUAAAUGGCUGGUCACUGCUGGACAGACAGCAGCCGUGGUCAUCCGGCAUGAUAUACUGAGUCCAUACAUCGUGCUAGGUGGCAUUGCGGCAUCGCUUUUCACUGCGAAGAUCAAGCGAAUCGUCAACCAGCGGAGACCCCCAGGAUCUCCACUGACAGAUCCCGGGAUGCCCUCUUCCCAUGCACUGGUCGCAACCUUCAUGUCGGUGGCAUGGGCCACCCAAGUCCAGUCAGGUAGGACUUCAGCGCUGCUGCUAGCUUCUGCAAUCUUGAUCAGUGUGUUGCGUGUGAUCUGCGGGCACCACACUUGGGCUCAGGUUGGCGUGGGUGCGACGGCGGGGACCCUGCUGUCCCUCGCCUGGAUGCUGCUUGGCCAGGACAUCAUCAGAAGCCCCACGAGUUUAGAAACGAAGGUAGUGUAUGCACUGUACAUCAUCUUCAGUGCCCUCUUCCUUGCGAAGCAGUUUCGCAAGGGCCGUUCCCGCAAGAAAGAGGAAGCCAUGUCGCCCAGUAUGUCGAGCUGA